GAAUUGUGCAAAGCGUCCUUAGGGCACGUAAUUUCCUCUGUGUUCACGCGCUAAGGGUUGAAGCGGGGGCUAGGAGUUGUAUCACGGUACACGUUUGAGUAACAUUAUCUUAGUUUAAAAGCGUGAAAACAACAUGACUUUCGAUGUGCGGAGGUUUGAUAUAUACAGGAAGGUGCCUAAAGACCUCACCCAGCCCACGUACACUGGAGCCUUCAUCUCGAUCUGCUGCUGCGUCUUCAUGCUCUUCCUCUUCCUCUCCGAGCUGACGGGAUUCAUAGCCACAGAAAUAGUAAAUGAACUGUAUGUGGAUGACCCAGAUAAAGACAGUGGAGGGAAGAUUGAAGUGAGUUUAAACAUCAGUUUGCCAAACUUGCACUGUGAUUUGGUGGGGUUAGACAUCCAAGAUGAAAUGGGACGUCAUGAAGUUGGCCACAUUGAAAACUCCAUGAAGGUGCCACUCAACAGUGGUUAUGGCUGUCGCUUUGAGGGUGAAUUCAGCAUUAAUAAAGUCCCUGGAAACUUUCACGUCUCCACACACAGCGCCACAGCGCAGCCGCAGAACCCCGACAUGACCCACAUCAUUCAUAAACUUGCCUUUGGGGACAAGCUUCAGGUGCAAAAUGUCCAAGGUGCUUUCAACGCCCUCGGUGGGGCCAACAGACUUGGGUCUAAUGCUCUGGCCUCCCACGAUUACAUCCUCAAGAUUGUUCCCACUGUGUAUGAGGACUUGUCUGGAAAGCAGAAGUUCUCCUACCAGUACACUGUGGCCAACAAGGAAUACGUGGCUUACAGUCACACAGGGCGCAUCAUCCCAGCCAUUUGGUUUCGAUAUGAUUUGAGUCCAAUCACAGUGAAAUACACAGAGAGGAGGCAACCCCUCUACCGCUUCAUCACAACUAUCUGUGCCAUUAUCGGUGGCACUUUUACAGUAGCUGGCAUCAUUGACUCCUGUAUAUUCACAGCUUCUGAGGCAUGGAAGAAAAUCCAAAUAGGAAAGAUGUCCUGAGUAAAAGUUUGUCCCAUUUACUAGACAUCUUAUUUAUACUCUGUUGACUGUCCACACCUGCCCUGGUAUUCCACUAUGAACCCCAAGUUCUCAUUUAGAAAGGCGUUUUUACAUUACAGCAUUUUAAACCAUCUGACUGGUGAAACAUUCUCAACAUGGAUAUUGCACAUGUCAGAGAGAAACUGUUAAGAUUAAGAGAAUGCAGGUUUUUUUAAACUAUGAUGUACUUUUGCAUCUUUUCUAUAAUUAUUCCUUAACUGUAUUUUUGUACUGGUUCCGAGUUGUUAGUACAUACCUUACAGAAGGUCAUCAGAAGUCCUGCUUCUUGGUCAUUUCUGUAUAAUCCAUAGAUGUAUUUUUUGUUGUUGUGUUUUUUUUUUUUGUCCAAACCUGGUAACCUUUCAGAAUGUGUUCAUAUUUACAGUAGGUCAAACAGUAAAUCAGUCAGUGAGAUUAUUAUAUUAUAGUGAACCUGGAAUCCUGUACAAUACCCAGAAUAUCUCGGUUUCUUUUUUAAAUUGCACAAAGAUAAAGGAAGUAGUGUUAGCCUACAUUAACUAUUGUGGGUGAUGUUUUGAACUGCAUGAAAUACUGAAUUGUUCAAUGUUAAAAUCAUGUUAGUGUUGAAUUAGUUACACAGAUGGGCUCUUGUGCCUUAAAGUGUUUUAACCUGACACACUUCCCUCGGUGGAGGUAAAUGUUUCUGUGUUUUAUAGGAGGUUAAUUUGUUUGUGAAAGGAUAAAACUAGUUCUGAUGGUACAUUGUAAUGGUUUUAAAUUAAGUUGGUCACUUGUGUAAGGGAAAUUAUAAUUGUUUUUUGCCCACCAAAGGAUUUUAAAUGAAGUGUAUGGAUGUUAUUUUGUAAUGUUUCUUUCCUAUGUUUUGUUAGUUUUAUUAUAUAUAUUAAGUCCAUGCUGUUUACAGCUCGCUAUGUGGAAAGUAGCUUAUGUAAUUUGUUUACUGCCUGUCAAGGAAUGACCUGAAACAAGGAAGUAACUGAUUAACAGACAUCGUACUUUAUAA